UAUAAUCGAUCUUUCGAGGGUUGGCGCUUAUCACUUGUGACGAAUUCGAAACGACGCCAUUGAAUCGCACAGCUAACGAACAACAGGUGUAAUGAAAUUCGAAUGAUCCUGAAGGUAAUUUUCUCAACAGAGUUGCAGCGAAUGAAUGAUAAGCGGAUUGCACACGGUAUAUGAAUCAGGGAUUAAGUCUGAAUCAGGAACAGAGUGCUGCGGACGCAAGACCAUCAUGAAGCUCAAUACUUUAUCCGCUAUUCUGACGUGUGCUUCGUUACUUCUUGUCCAUGGAAGCUCAAGAUCAGCCGUCCUCGCAUCGCCGUACGGUAACAACAAUUCUGGCAGGCGCAUAAUAAACGGACAUGAAGCCAAUCCCGCAGAUUUUCCAUAUUUCGUGAGAAUCGCCGCAGGCGGAACACUCUGCGGGGGCAGCAUAAUAAGCGACAAAUGGAUCCUCACUGCGGGUCACUGUACAUCCAGCGCUACAUGUAAGAAGAUAGAGAUAUACCCUUGGAAUUGGCAGGAAGGUCAGCCACCCCCGAUACACGCUGCCGAGUGCGUGACCCACCCCCAGUAUGACCCGACUCGGCACGCCUUCGACAUAACGCUCAUAAGAACUACGGAAGACAUGGUCGAAAGUGGACUUAAAGCAAUAUCCCUUGCGCAACCAGGAACCCAUUACCCCCCUGGUACCGCAGCAACCAUCGUGGGCUGGGGAAAGAUAGGACCCAACGCAUAUCCCGAAAGUCUUCAACGCGGACAGUCGGUGAUUGUGUCCUGGGACGAGUGCAAUGCGCAGUUCAAGGCUGGUUCGUUUCGUUGCGAUGGCAACCCGGACUGUAACGUUGAAGAUAUACCGAAGCGAGUAUUGUGCGCCCAGGGCCAAGAACCAGAUCCGCAAAGUAUGUGUGGCGGUGAUUCUGGAGGACCUUUUAUUAUCAACUCGGAACUAGCAGCGAUCAAUACUGCAGCAGUGUUCACCACUCGCCCCGUCACGAAGCAAGGAUGUGUAAUUGGGAGUCCGACGAUACACACCAGUAUCGUUGACUAUCUACCAUGGAUAUUCUCUUUCGUUGACCCUAGCGUCAAUACAGCAGAGUUCCCGGUAGCUCCAGAAUCCAACAACACUUUAGUCAUGGAGAAUUGAGGUAUAUCCUUGGUCCAAUGGUCAAGUCGGCAUCGAGUGUACGGAAACAAGUGGAAAUUUGAGUAGAAGAUGGCUUUUGAAAUUUUUCAUACUCACGCACGAUGAACGGUUUACUUUGUUCAACCAAAUAAAUACAUGGAAACAUUCCGAUACUGCGU